GUGGCUAAAAACUAAAGGUGAAACAAUCACUAGGGUUUCGGAGUGCAGCAAGAUCUUCAAAAUUUGUUUAUCGUCUUUGUUGCUUCUCUACUCAACUCCUCACCAUGAGCAGAUCAGGGCAGCCACCGGAUUUGAAGAAGUACAUGGACAAGAAGCUUCAGAUUAAGCUUAAUGCAAACAGGAUGAUUGUUGGUACCCUCAGGGGUUUUGAUCAGUUUAUGAACUUAGUUGUUGACAACACUGUUGAAGUCAAUGGCAAUGAAAAGAAUGAAAUAGGGAUGGUGGUAAUUAGAGGAAACAGUGUGGUUACUGUUGAAGCACUUGAACCUGUCAACAGGGGCUGACUUCUGUUUUAUUGUAAUAUUUCUCAGUAGAUUGCAAUGUUUGAAUUGGUGUGUAUUUUGAACAUUGUAGAUGGUUUAAUUCUGAGAGUAACAUGGAAUUGUGGAUCUUAAGGUCAUUUGGCCAUUACUUUGGGGUUCAUUUCCUUUCUUCCUGUUCCAUCUGUUAGUGUAGCUUACUGUGUAUACCACUAUGGUUUUUUAACGGGAUGGCACUGACCUUGCCAAAUUGAAAUUA